AUGGGGUGCCGUUCGGUAGAAGUAGCGUCCUUUAUUUUUUUUUGUGCCGAAGCUAACGGGAGGUGGUAUUUUGUGUCCUUGAAACGGUCGAUCGCUACGAAGAGGGAGAUAGAAGUGAUCGAGCGCGUUCAGUCAAGAAUAACGGAGGAGGGUCGUGUGCACAAGGGUCUGCUAGACUACAAGAACCUGUACAAAGUGGGUCUGAUCAGCGAGCUGGAGUACCUCCGAAGGAGGGAGGAAGAAGAGGAAGAGAGGUAG